UCAUUGUCACCAAUCUAUGUAGAUAAUGAUGCGUAAACAUUCUAAAAUUCCAUACAGAACAUAUCUGUUCCAUUUCUUUCGUCAAAUACUUUUCUUUUAUUAUGAUGGUUUCAUGCGGAGUGUUUCUGACAACGAUAGCUACAAACUGUAUGCUUUCCAGCGCGUUCAUAGACCAGCAAUGCAAGACGAAAGUCGAGGACCUGAUCAAGUCUGACCCUUGCCCAGUGAACGGCGGCUGGAGCGACUGGAGUGCCUGGUCCGACUGUUCGACGACGUGCGGUACAGGCUUGUCUCGCAGAUCGAGAGCGUGUUUCAACCCAGCCCCAUCUCUUCUCGGUCAACAAUGUGACGGCGACAGCAACGACUACUCACUCUGCUACAGCAAUCCAUGUAAAGUUGAUGGAUUUUGUUCGGAAUGGGAAAGCUGGUUUUGUUCCUUUAGAAAGCCGCAUACUAGAAUGCGACAAAGGACUUGCUAUGAUCCGUUAUUUGGUGGCCAACCUUUUCAGGGAAAUGACACCGAGAGCUAUACAGACCCAUCGUGCACGUGACAGAUGCCUGCUUGCCAGAAGUUGUGAUAUUGGGUUGGACUUUAUUGUUGGCAUUUUCAACGAAGUAAAUAUAGUAAAAUGAGAAAACAAAAAUAUUUUAAACAUCCACUGAGAAAAUGUGUACCAAUAAACGUUUUAUUUAAUAAAUGGUGUUAUUGUAAACAAGAAACAGUCUGUAAUAUAAAGUAUUGUAUAAAAACACAUGUUUUUUUACUUGAAAUGGAUUCAUUUAAAUAAUAUAAGCAUUUAAA